AUGACCGCGAGAGACCCAUCCCUCUCCAGUGGCUCGGGUGAGCCCCUCGAUGACCCAAGCGAGAAUGUGUGGGGCGUUUAUGUGAAGAUGCUAUCUUCCCACAAUCGUAAAGUGGCUGAGCAGUGGAAAGGAGAUAUGAGCUCGAUUCUGAUAUUCGCGGGCCUCUUUUCAAGUAGUCUAACCACCUUCUUGAUUGAGAGCUAUCGGACGUUAACACCGGAACCCACGGAGCCUAACGAGCUAUUAUUAUUGCAAUUGACCCAACUGGUGCUAUCACAAACCAACUCAACGAUACCAAUUCCACUCUCCACCCCCAGCACCUCCAGCAAUCAACCUCCGACAUCAGCACUGAUAUGCAACAUAUUCUGGUUCUCCAGUCUUGCAUUUAGUCUGAUAUGCGCCCUUUGCGCGACAAUGGUUGACACUUGGGCCCGAAAUUACCUAAUCUCCAUCGAAAGCAGGUCCGCUCUUCACAAACGAGCGAGAAUAUCCGCAUACCUUCACCAAGGAAUCCGAAUCUUCCAUAUGAACACGCUUGCAGAGCUCAUCCCAAGCCUGCUACAUAUUUCGCUCUUACUGUUUUUUGCUGGGCUUGUGGAAUUCUUGCGACCCAUUAACAUCGCAAUCAGCAAUCUUGUCUUGGGAUUGUUGAUUCUUUGCGGAAGCCUUUACGCCCUCGUCACAUUCCUUCCGUUGUUCUACACCAACUGCCCAUAUCAGACCCCAUUAUCCGCUAUUUGGUGGCGUAUCUUUUGGAUGCUGGGUCUGCUUCGCUCGCGGGAAGAGAGCAAACCUUCAGGGACCAUUCUCGAGUCCAUGGUACAUGCUAGGGAAGCAGAUGCGACAGAAAUAUCCUCCGAACGUGACGAGAGGGACCUGGAGGCUAUGCGGUGGACGCUGUCCCAUCUACGCGAAGACACCGAGCUCGAGUCAUUUUUGGUGCACAUCCCUCACAUGAUAUCCGGCUUCGACUACAGCGCCAAGUUGCUGCUUCACCAACUCGUUCACGACCGCAACCCCAUAGUCAGUCUACGCCAUCGAAUUCCACGCCUUUUGGGAACCUGCGCCGAGGGCACUGUCAUUUUCAGCGUCGCAUCCAACCGUGCAAUGACUUGUCUACAGGCCAUCUGGUCUCUAACUAUGAUGGCCGUACCACUGUCCAUACCCUUUACACAGCCCUCUCGACAAACAUUGACGUUUGACGAAGAAACUCUCAUAAAUAUCCAAGCAGUCAAAGCUCAAAUUUCAGUCAUUUCGGAUUUGGCUGAUUCCGCUGCGUCGGUUGUCGCGAGAAGUUUACUCGACCUCUUCCUUGAGCUCGUCGCCACUAUGGAAGGCGAAUUAUGUGUCUUCAUCGAAUCCGGUCAUUGGUCGCAUCAGCGUAUAGCGUCGCAAAAAAAUCCCGAAUGGGCGGUUCCAAGGACGAAAGUGUUGAGAAAGAACAUCCAACGACAGCUGCAAAAUUUCGAGCAAUUGCUUGUGUCGUUGGACCACACCGCUGCGCCUGUGAUUUUCAUGGUCGCAGACGGUCUGUGUCAUCAUCUCGACGACUUCAUUCAGGUUGUUGUCUCUUCCGCUCAUGACGAGCGACUGCUAGCUUUGGAAGCACGAGAAUAUGCUCUAGCCUUCCAACAACAGCUGAACUCUGCUGGGUUUUCCCUGACAUUGGAUUAUAUUUCCACUCUUGUUGGCAGUCCGGCAGCGGCUCUGCCAUAUGAGGCAUUCAACACCCUCCGACGACUCUUCUUGAAGAUCAACCAAGGCGAUUCGUCGACUUCAUUCCCUGUCCACCUCCAAACCAAACUCGUCCAGCAACUUGAUUCAGCGCUUGAACAAAACCCGAAGCGGGGGACGUGGCUGCCCGCUAGUAUAGUGAACAUUGUGCUCGAGUUGGCCGGGUUAUCACUCAAGGAUGCUGGCUGUGCAAUGAAGGCUCACGGGAUUGUUAGCCACUACGUCUCCGUUCUUCCGAGCGCCCUUUCCCUCACUCGAGACACUGCCCGCAAGACAAUUGCGCAACUAGACAAUGCGAUACCGAUUGACAACCGGCCUCGCCCUAUAUCUGAUUUGCUCAGCUCGCAUAUGUACGCAAACACCAAACUCCAUCGACCACACGUUGCUCGGCAAAUUUUUGCGCUACAGCCAAUUCUCGACUGUAUUGGCACCCACUUGCCACCCAUGGGCUCGACAUGGAGCCAGUUUUUUCCGCCCAAGGCAACGUUUACCACUAAGGAUAUACCUGAUUUGACUGGCCAGGUCAUGCUCGUUACUGGCGGCAAUUCUGGCAUCGGCAAGGAAAUUGUCAAGGCCUUGCUGGAGCGCAACGCAAAAGUUUACCUAGCCGCUCGGAAUCCAGAGAAUGCGAAGAGCGCUAUUGCUGACCUGAAGGCUGAAACAGGCAGGGAGGCGGAGUUUUUGGAAGUCGAUCUUGCUAACCUGCCGUCGAUCAAGCGCGCAGCGCAAGAGUUUACAAGUAAAGAAAGCCAAUUGAACGUUCUGUUCAACAAUGGAGGCGUUAUGGUAAUUCGUUCAACCAUUCAACAACCCUUUCCCAACCUCUUUCAGCGUCCCCCAACCAACAUGCUCACUACACAAGGAUACGACCUGCAAUUCGGGACCAACGUUCUCGGCCACUUCUAUCUCACCCAACUGCUGCUCCCGACCCUCAUUUCCACCGCGACCGCCUCUGCGAAACCCGCACGUAUCGUCCAUACAUCCUCCCUCUCGACCCACUUCUUCCCCGCCAAGACGUUCGACUUUGCGACCUUCAAGGAGAGCCCGAAGCGCGAGAAAUACGGCACGGCAUGGCUGUAUCACCAGAGUAAAUUCGGUAACGCGGUCAUGAGCGUCGAGCUGCAUCGCCGAUACGCGGACAAGGGCGUCGUGUCGGUUGCGCUCAACCCGGGGAAUAUCAACACCAAUCUUGGGCGCUAUUUGCCAGGAUUUGCAGCUACUCUACUCAAAUAUCUCGUUGUCUAUCCGGCCCCAAUGGGCGCACUGACAUCGCUAUAUGCAGGCACAACUAAGGAGGGAGAAUUGUUGGGUGGGAAGUACUUGUUUCCGUGGGCCCGCCUCGGAGAAGCUCCUGUAACUGUCCACGACCCAGCAAAUGGCACAGAGCUUUGGAAGUGGUGCGAAGAACAAGUUUCGGGCAUCUAA